UAUAGUGAUAUUUCCGAUGUUCCAUCUCAACCAGUUCCCAGUGCCUCUCAAGUUACCAGGACAACUGAAGUUUUCUGUCCAGGACUUCAAGGGCAAUGACAGUUGUUAUAGCACGCCCUACACACCUCCCAGCGCAAAACCCUAGCUUGUGAUUAUCACAUUUUUCCCCCUCUCUCCAAUAUCAUCACUUUUCCUCUUGAAUUUUGUCCUUGUUGAUACUUAUUUGUGUCAAUUUGAUGAAUGCGAAGAGGAAGAAGAACAAUAACAGUCUUCUCUGAGCUUCUAUUAGUUCAUCUGGUCUCCAAUCAAUCGCUGGCAUAGUAUCAAGCCUUGGUGAAACCAUAAUGGUUCAAUGCUCUAACAAGGAUAUUGACACAAGCGCAUCUCAACUAAGUUGGUGGUAUGUAGAUAUAUCUUAUCAAGAACUCAAGAAGGGAACUUACAAAGUGAAAAACUCAGAUGAAACUUUCAUUUGUCCAUACUGUCCUGAGAGGAAACAAGAUUAUAAGUACAGGGAACUCCUUAAUCAUGCUUCUGGGGUUGGUCGGAGUAGUUCAGAAAAGAGAACAGCAAAAGAGAAGGCCAAUCAUCUGGCUUUAGUGAAAUAUUUGGAAAAGGAUCUGGCUUAUCUGGAUGGCACCUCAAAACCUGCAGAUAAAGGUGUCAAAUUAUUCAGCACAGGAGAAACAGUAAUGUCUCAGUGCCCUAACAAGGAUACUGAUACAUCUCAAAUAAGUUGGUGGUAUGUAGAUACAUCUUACGAAGAACUCAAGAAGGGAAGUUACAAUGUAAAAACCUCAGAUGUGACUUUCAUCUGUCCAUACUGCCCUAGGAGAAAACAGGAUUAUUUGUACAGGGAACUCCUAGAGCAUGCAUAUAUGGUGGGUCGGAGUAGUUCUGAAAAGAAAAGUGCAAGAGAGAGAGCCAAUCAUCUUGCGUUAGUGAAAUAUUUGGAAAAUGAUCUUAUUAUUGUGGAUUGCAUGUCAGAGCCUGUUGAUAAAGGUACCAACUUAGGACAACCUGAAAUAGCUCAAUGCUCUAACAAGGAGACUGGUGUGAGUGCAUCUCCAGCAUCUCCUACAAUAAACUGGUGGUAUGUGGAUAAGUUUUACAAAGAACUCAAAAAGGGAAAUCAUAUUGUGCAAUCCUCAGAUGAGACUUUUUCUUGUCCAUACUGCCCUAAAAAGAGAAAACAGGAUUAUGUGUACAGGGAACUUCUUGACCACGCUUCUGGGGUGGGUCAGAGUACUUCACAAAAGAGAAAUGUCCGAGAGAAGGCUACUCAUCUGGCCUUGAUGAAAUAUUUGAAAAAUGAUCUCAUGCACAUGAGUGAUCCAUCAAAAUCUGUAAAUGAAGGUAAUCACCCAGUUACUAGAGUGGAUCAGAGUAGUUCUCAAGAAAGAAGUGUCAAAGAAGAUGCUACUCAUAUGGCUUUAGCAAAAGACUUGAAAAAGGAUGUCAUGAAUGUGAGUGGUUCAUCAUCAAAACCUGUAAAUGAAGGAACCAUAAUAAGUCCAGGAGAAACUGCAAUCAGUUGCUGCUCUGACAAAGAUAGCAAUAUGAGUUCAUCUCAGAUGGGGCGGUAUGUAGAUAAAUUUUAUGAAGAACUCAAAAUGGGAAGACACUGUGUGAAAACCUCGGAUGAGACUUUCACAUGCCCAUACUGCCCUAAUAAAAAGAUAAACCGGGAUUAUGUGUACAGGGAAAUCCUUGAACAUGCUUCUGGGGUGGGUCAGAGUAGAUCACAAAAAAGAAGUUUCAUUGAAAGGGCCAAUCAUCUGGCUUUAGAAAAAUAUUUGAAAAAGGAUGUUAUGAAUGUGGGUGCUUCAUUUCCAUCAAAACCUAUGGAUCAAGGCACAGUAACAGCAACCCCAGGAGAAACCAUGAUGGUUCACUACUCUUAUAAAGAUAAUAAUAUAAGGGCAACUCAAAUAAGUGGGUGGUAUGUGCAUAAAUCCUAUGAAGCACUCAAAAAGGGAAGUCACAUUGUGAAAACCUCUGAAAUGACUUUCUCAUGUCCAUACUGCCCUAAUAAAAAGAGAAAGCGGGAUUAUGUGUAUAGGGAAAUCCUUGAACAUGCUUCUGGGGUGGGUCAGAGUAGCUCACAAAAGAGAAGUGCCACUGAAAAGGCUAAUCAUUUGGCUUUAAUGAAAUAUUUGGAAAAGGAUCUUAUGAAUGUGGAUGGUACACCAAAAACUGCAGAUGCAGGCAAUAUCCUUUUUGAGGAGCAGUUUGUGUGGCCAUGGACUGGGAUAUUAGUUAAUAUUCCUACUGGACAGACAGAAGAUGGACGUUGUGUUGGGGAAACUGGUUCCAAGUUGAGGGAUGAACACCGAAUCAGGGGAUUUAAUCCUUGUAGAGUCCGGAUUCUUUCAGAUAUCCGGGGUCACUCUGGAACUGCAGUUAUGGAAUUCAAUAAAGAUUGGACAGGUUUAGCUAAUGCUUUGGCAUUUGAAAGAGCAUAUGAAUUAGAUCAUCGAGGGAAAAAGGACUGGUUUGCUAAUACUGAGCAAAAGUCUGGUAUUUAUGCAUGGAUUGCUCGACCUGAUGACUACGAGAUGAACAAUAUCAUUGGGGAACAACUGCAGAAGAUGGGAGAUAUCCAAACAAUAUCUGAGCUCAUGAAAGAAGAAGCUCGUAUACAUGAUAAACUUGUUUCCUGCUUGAACAAUACUCUUCAGGUCAAGAAGAAGCGGUUAGUGGAGAUGGAAGUAAAAUACAAUGAGACUUCACGUCGCUUGGAAAUUGUAAUGGAGGAAAUAGAUAAGCUCACUCAAGACCACAAUCAAGAGAUGAAGAAAAUACAAUCAAGUGCAACUCAGCACUUCCAGAAUAUUUUUAGUGGUCAUGAAAGGCUUAAGUUGCAGCUGGAAUCUCAGAAAAGAGAGCUCGAGCUGCGGAGAAUUGAACUGGAAAAACGUGAAGCACAUAAUGAAAGUGAAAGAACGAAGUUGGAAGAAGAGAUUAUGGAGAAUGCAUUGAAAAAUAGCUCUUUGGAAAUGGCUGUUCUGGAGCAACAAAAGGCUGGUGAAAAUAUUUGGAAACUGGCUGCAGAUCAAAAGCGGCAAAAAGAACAGCUUCGUCAUAAAAUCAUCAGGCUUGAAAAACAACUGGAAGUGAAGCAAAAACUAGAAUUGGAGAUUCAACAACUGAAAGGAAAAUUAAAUGUCAUGCAAUACAUUGAAGAAGAUGAAGACUCAGAAGUCCUGAAUAAGGUGAAUGCCUUACACACGGAUUUAAGAGAGAAGGAACAGUCACUACGAGACCUAGAUGCCCUGAACCAGACACUAAUUAUUAAAGAGCGUCAGAGCAAUGAUGAGCUACAAGAAGCUCGAAAAGUAUUGAUUAAUGGCAUUAAAGAGAUAUCUUGCCGUGCUGGUGUUGGUGUGAAGAGAAUGGGGGAGCUUGAUAUUAGACCAUUCCUUGAAGCUAUGAAGAAAAAAUACAAUGAUGAGGAUGCAGAAGAAAGAGCUUCAGAACUGUGUUCAUUGUGGGACGAGUAUAUAAAGGACCCAGGGUGGCAUCCAUUUAAAAUUACCAUAAUUGAAGGGAAAGAUCAGGAAAUCAUAGACAAUGAAGAUGAAAAGUUGAAAGCACUGAAAAAUGAGUUGGGUGAAGGAGUCUACAAAGCUGUGGUGACAGCUUUGACAGAGAUCAAUGCAUAUAAUCCUAGUGGGAGGUAUACAACCUCUGAAUUAUGGAAUUACGAAGAGGGAAAGAGAGCUACCUUGCAAGAAGGAGUAAAAUUGUUAUUGAUGCAAUAUAAACUAUCUAAACAGAAAAGAGGGACGGUGUAAAUGCUGGUAUGUAUGUAUGUAUGUAAUUGUAAAAUAAGACAACUAUAAUUUUCUGUUGUAAUCUGGGAUAAUAUAUGUAGAAUCUUCCUAAUUAGAGGAAAUAUAUACAUAAUAUUUUAUUUUA